UGGCGCCGUCGACGAUUAUUUCUCAUUAUUCGAUGAGAUUUCCGGACGAUGUUUAAAACUUAGUUGCCAUGGCAAUAAUACUUAGUAUCGUCUGAUUUCUAUAUCGUGUCGGUUAUGGUUUUUAUUGUGCUGUUACUAUUAUUAUUUAACGAAGUCCAGUCGUACGGUGAACCUUUAUACAGUUCCAAUGAUCCCAUUUGGUUGUUAGAUUCCACUAAUUUCGAUCAGUUCGUCUUAUGUAAAGAUCAUUUUUGGGUGGUCGAGUUUUAUAACAAAUGGUGCGGUCACUGCGUCAGAUUUGCGCCUACCUGGAAGGAAUUUGCAAGGAGUGUUAAAGGUUGGAAAAACAUAAUAAAGGUUGCAGCAGUAGAUUGUUCUGACGAUAUCAAUGUUCAAUUGUGCAGAAAUUAUAAAGUUACAGCUUAUCCAACAGUAAAGGUAUUUAACAUUCAAUCCAGCAGUGAUGAUCCUCAAUAUGAAAUAGGAAUAGAGCAUAAUGUUACUUUUAUAAAAACAGAACUUAUUAAUAUUUUAACAUCACUUUGGCAUAUUAGAACUCCCUUAUCAUGGCCUUCAUUAUUACCAGUCAGAGCAAUGUCAAUUAACCAACUAUGGCGGCAAUUCCCAAAUAGCACAUCUGUUACAGUUAUUUUAGAGGAUCCCUCUUCAAUUGUUGGUCGUGAGGUGAUUAUGUAUUAUUUAAAGUUAUAUUCUGUAUUAAUAUUUAAUUUUAUUUUAAUAUAUAUUCAUGAUAAAUUAUUUUUAGUAUCUCAGCUUAGUGUAAAUUUGAUUUUGUUUUUUUGUUUUUUAAGUGAUCAAGGCAAAGAUAAUUACAGGGAAGCAUUUCUACAAAUAUUGAAUCCAAAAUUAUCACAGGUCCAUGUUUUACCAGAUGAAUCAUCACACAUAACUAUAUCUGUAAUGGGAAAUGAUAUUCAAUAUUCUAACAAUGUUUAUAUGGGAGAUUUAGAAAAUGCUUUGAAUUAUUCAUUACGUCAAGAAGUUGGUGUACAUGAAGUAUUGAGAGGAGAGAAGCUGAAUGCACUUAAAGAUUUUAUCAGUAUUCUUAUCAAAUAUUUUCCAGGUAGAUUGCCAAUAAUGAGAUAUUUAAAUAAACUAUACCUUUGGAUUUUAGAACAAAAAUCUGAAAUUAAUGUUGAAAAAAUGAUGGAGAAUAUGGUCCUUCUGCAAAGUAAAAAAGCAUAUUUACCACCAAGACGUGACUGGCAAGGUUGCAAAGGAAGUAAGCCUGGUUUUCGUGGAUAUCCUUGUUCUUUGUGGAUGUUAUUUCAUACACUUACAGUUCAAGCUUACUAUAAAUAUCAAAAAGGUAUCGUGAACGACUCUCGCGAGGCACUCUUUGCCAUUCGAGGAUACGUCAAGUAUUUUUUCACUUGCGCAGAUUGUUCGGAACACUUCCAAAAUAUGGCAAGCAAUAUGGAAAACGAACUGCAAAAUCAAGAUGACACGAUACUGUGGCUCUGGAAGGCGCACAACAGGGUCAAUGGGAGACUGGCCGACGACUUAAACACCAAUGAUCCCAGGCAUCCAAAAGUUCAGUUUCCUCCCACCAAACUGUGUCCGGAAUGUAGAGACGACAAAUCUGAAACCUGGAACAUUCCAAACGUGUUAAAGUUUUUGGGCCGGUUUUACGGAAGAUCCCACAUCGUGCAAGUCAAAGACUUCACACAGUUGGAAAGACGGGAAAACCACUAUUCCAUUUUGUUCGACGACACGAACGUAAAAGUAUAUAACGAAAAUAGAAUGCUGGGGAGUUGGAGAUUUAGGUAUUUUAACGGAAUGGACAUCAGUCUGUGCAUAAUGCUCUACAUCGUGUCCGCUGUGUUAAUGAUCAUCCUGUAUUUUCUGUUUGCAUUAAGACGGCGGAAAUAUAGGGCCCAGAAGAAAACUUUCGUCGCGUAUCCGUGACCACCAACACAGUCUUUUGAUACAGCCAUUGCUAUUGUUAACCUGGAUAAUCAGAAAAAUACUUAGUUUCCUACUUAGUAGCUAGCUACUUGAUUUUCGUUUUGUUCAAACAUUCCGCAUUUGUCUGCGUAAUGUACAGUAGAAUCUGCUUAUUGUAUUUGUAUUAGGUAACAAUAAGCAGAGUCUACUAUACCUUAAUUCUAAUUUGACAAAAUGAAUGAAAAAACUUACCUUGUAAAUGUCGCAGUAUGACACACUAGUCAUUACUUUUUUAACUGUACAUAUAUCUCUUAACUUAUAACCUUGAAAAUAAAAAAUUUAUUACAGA